AUGCCCUACGAGCCCACAAUACCAACCAUACCGGAACCAACAACGACAGCACGCCUUCAGCCAACCAGCCAGGGCGUUGAAGCACUGAAAGACAUUGCAUUCGGCAGCAUUGCUGGAAUAGCGGGAAAAGUGGUGGAGUAUCCCUUUGACACGGUCAAGGUCCGUCUACAAUCUCAGCCGGAUCACGUCCCGCUUCAAUACAAGGGGCCCUUGGACUGCUUUCGCCAGAGCGUACGACAAGAUGGCUUCCGAGGAUUGUAUCGCGGUGUGAGUGCACCCUUUGCUGGGGCCGCCGCCGAGACCGCCUGUCUCUUCUGGUCCUAUCGCAUUGCCCAGGACUUUCUCCGCUCCACCCUCUAUCCCUCAGACUCCGCACUACCUCUCACCGGCUUGGUCACAGCAGGCGCGUUGGCCGGUGCUGUCACCUCCGUCAUCCUCACACCCAUUGAACUCGUCAAAUGUCGGAUGCAGGUCCCUCUGCACUCCCCUCUGGACCCCACGCUUCGUCCAGGCACGAGCCUAUCAUCUUCCUCACUAAGUCCACUCGCCGUCAUAGCCGAUGUAUACAGGAGGGAAGGCGUGCGCGGCUUCUGGCGCGGGCAAAUGGGCACGUUUCUACGAGAGACGGGAGGCACGGCAGCGUGGUUUGGCUCUUACGAAGCGUGCACCAUGUUCUUUAAGAAACGACUGCGGGCCUUGUCGUCGGACCCGACCCUCAGCGAUCCAAUGCUGCCUGUGCACCAGCAAAUGGCUUCCGGGGCGGUUGCAGGCAUGAGCUACAACUUCAUCUUCUACCCGGCCGACACCAUCAAAUCCAAGAUCCAGACCGGCGAGCUGACGCACGCUCGACCAACCUUCCUCAGCACCGGCAGGGCUUUAUGGCGGUCUCAUGGCUUGAAGGGGUUGUAUCGAGGAUGCGGCAUCACCGUUGCGAGGAGUGCACCUAGCUCGGCACUCAUCUUUACGAUUGUGGAGAAUCUGAAGCGGUGGUUUGCUUGA